CGUGAAGGAAAGUGCAAUUGUGACCAAUUUAUUAAAGUGCUAUACUCGCAUUCUGGCCACCAUAUGGGUCAGAUACGUCCAAGGAAAGUGCACGACGCGUGAGCAUUGUGCCCGACAAGACCGUACGGUUUCAACUGGCUGCACUCCGGUUCUGGAAGACCAAGCCUGCCGCGAAAGAAAAAAAGAGUCGUCAUGGCGUCGAGUCGUCUAAAAAGGCCCGCAGAGGAGGCCUACACGGUUGAGCUGAACGAAGUGCCUGAAGUAGUGGUGGAUGGCUAUGACUGGGAAGAAGAGAACAUCAUCGUAGUCGAGGAUAUCGACGUGAUCCGACUGAAACUUGGAAAACUAAUCCAGGAAUACAAGAUACACUUUCUGAAUCCUCCGAGGGCACAAAAAAAGCUCCUUGUACUGGACGUGGAUCACACGAUUUUUCACUUCCAACCUCUUGCGCAGACGGCAGAAGAGCAGCAACGGCCCUAUCUACAUGAGUUUUUGACGGCAUGCUAUGCAGAGUAUGAUCUCAUGAUAUGGUCUGCAUCAGGCAUGAAGGCGGUGGAGGUGAAGAUGCGAUUUGUCGGGGUUCUUUCAGAUCCCAAUUAUAGAAUCGCAGCAUUGCUUGAUCACAACGCUAUGAUCGUUGUGAUGACAAAUGCUGGGGAUAUCUGCUGCAAGCCCUUAGCGCUCAUUUGGGCGAAUUAUCCUGAGAACGAGCGGGAGGAGGAAGAGGGGACGGGCAGGAGGAAGGGGGGAAGAGCAGGAGCAGCAGCGGGAGGAGGAGGAAGAGUUGUCAGGGCAGGGAGGUGGCAAUCGGGGGAAGUAGAGGUCGGGAUGGAGAAAUGGGAUCGGAGAGGGAAGUCGGGAUCGGGGGACAGAGGUGGGGAUCGAUGGGGGGAAGUAGGGGGAAGCAAACCGGAUUGGGGAGGGAAGUCGCUGAACGGAGGUCGGGGAGGGAUGUCAGAGGAGGGAGUUGGGAUCGAGGGAGAGGUGGGGAUUGGUGGAGGGAAGUCGAGAUCGAGGGAGAGGUGGGGAUCGAUGGAGGAAAGUCGGGAUCGGGGGAGAGAGGUGGGGAUUCGACGGAGGGAAGUAGCGGGAGGGACACUGGGAUGGGGAAGGAAGUCAGCGAAGGGAGUUCGGGGGAGGGAGUUCGGGGGAGGGAGGUCGGCGGAGGGAGGUCGGCAAAGGGAAGUCAAACUGGUACCACCAUUAGACCAGCCAUGCCACGUGCAUUUAGCUAGCGUAUGCGCAGCCUGCACACCGUCGGCAAGUGAUCCGGUCAGUUCGCCAAUGAUUUCCGAGGACUCGACGGCGUGGUCAAGACUUGAGGAGCUUGACCCGCUCACGAGAGAGGACUUCGCUUGGAUGCCUCUACCCUCGACCGAAACCUUGCCAAGGCCGCAUUGUAACGCCUUGAUGGCAGAUUUACGCUCCUAUUUGCACACUACAGUACCAGCUCCGUUGACGGACGACGGGGUAGCGGUUGUCGAUCUCCGCUCCUAUCUUGCGAAGAUUGACCGCGAGUACGCCACCCAAAGGUACGCCGAAACCGAUGCGCCUUUGCUCUAUAUCCGCAUUCAAAUCGGAAAGGCAACCUGUAGUGCCUUGAUUGAUUGCGGAGCGUCUCGCAACUUUAUGAGCCAAGCCUUUAUGGCCCGCGCAGGCCUUGGCUCGCGCGUUCGAAGGAAGAUGCAACCCACGCAAGUCACACUCGCGGACGGCCGCACGCAAAAGUCAAUUGACCGAUGCGUCGACGGCGUUCCGGUAUACUUUGCGCCACUUGCGUGCGAGCCGGUGUCUUUUGACAUCCUCGACACCAAGUUCGACAUGAUUCUAGGCAUGUCUUGGUUGCGUAGCGCCGAUCAUCCGAUGAACUUUCAUGACCGAACCGUUCACAUCCGUGAUCGGAAUGGAGUGUUAGUCCCAUGUACGGUCGCGACCCCUCACACUUCGAUUGCUUGUCACGUGGUUUCCGUUGCGAGAAUUCGCGACGCCAUAGCUCGGAAUGACGUCGAGGAGAUGAGCCUUGUAUUCUUGCAUGCUCUCCCCUGGCCGGACGGACCAGCCGCGUCACCGUCGGACCCACGCAUUUCUCACCUCUUGGACGAGUAUAGAGACGUCUUCGAGGCUCCCACCGGAACGGUUCCGGAUCGGCCCAUACGUCACGGGAUCACUCUCGAGGUUGGCGCCGUCCCUCCGCGUGGAUGUAUCUACCGCAUGAGCGAAGAGGAACUCGAGGUGCUUCGCGCACAACUCGAUGACCUUCUCGACAAGGGCUGGAUUUGCCUUAGUUGCUCGCCAUACGGUGCCCCUGUUAUCUUCGUCCGGAAGAAGAACAAAGAUCUACGGUUAUGCCUCGAUUAUCGGAAACUUAACGCACAAACCGUAAAGAACGCCGGCCCUCUCCCUUGGAUUGAUGAUCUUCUUGAGCGGUUAGGCGGCGCGACGUACUUCUCGAAGUUGGACUUGAAGUCAGGUUACCACCAGAUUGAAAUCCAGCCUCAAGACCGGUACAAGACCGCGUUCAAGACACGGUACGGGCAUUUUGAGUGGGUUGUCAUGCCCUUUGGCCUCACCAAUGCCCCCGCGACUUUCCAAGCAGCGAUGACGACUGAGUUUCGCGACUUGCUCGAUUGCAGCGUCCUCAUCUACCUUGAUGACAUCUUGGUUUACAGUAGGACGUUGGACGAGCACAUCGUACACCUUCGCGUUGUUCUGGAUCGUUUGCGACUAGCCAAGUACAAAGCGAAUCUCGACAAGUGCGAAUUCGCGAAGCAAGAGCUUGAGUACUUGGGUCAUUUUGUCACGCCGAAAGGCAUUCGUCCCUUAGCGGACAAGAUCCAAGCCAUCGUGGAUUGGCCGGAACCCCGUUGCACGACGGAUGUACGCUGUUUCAUGGGUUUGGCUGGAUAUUAUCAGCGAUUCGUCGAGUCAUACUCGAAAGUGGUUGCUCCUUUGUCGAGACUUCAGUCCCCGAAGUUAGAAACGAAUCUGAACGAGAAGUGGAGACAACAAACGGCGCAGGCGGAACAAGCAGCGCAGAAUGCCGCGCAUCAGGCAAUACAGCAAGCAGCACAGCUGGCGGCACAACAAGCAGCGGAGCUAGCGGUACGGCAAGCCAUAGAGCACGCAGCACAGGCUGCGGAAAACCUGAGACGUAUGAGUGGCUUCGAACUUAAUGGGGAUGGGCGACGUGAGCCGAACCGGAGUACACGAGGCAAGAAAACGACAACGGUAGAGAAUGAGGAUACGAACAUGGAGGGGAACGACACCUCAGACUUGCAGCUCUCGGACACUGACGAAUCCGAUGAGGAUUUAAAGAAGAUUAUUAUAAAACUACGGAAGGCGAGGAAGGCAAAGAAGAAUCAACGGAAGGAGAAGGGCAAGGGACCAGCAGUACCUCCGAAGCAGCAGGCUUGUAAAACGACAACGGAGAAAGGCGAAUCUUCUAGGGGGAAGAGAUACGUACCGUGUGAUGAUGACCUGAGAUGUGCGAAUGACAUCGGAGCAGGAUUUGGAACGAAUGACAUCGAAGUAGGAUUUGGAACGGAGACGGGAGGAUUAAGGGACUACAGCUCACCUCGAAGACCUGCGGGUAUGCGUUUCGGCACGGGGAGGACGGAGGAAGAUCGGAAUGUAUGUGACGAACCACGUACGCCACUGACGGGGGGGUACAAAGGCCUGUCAGCAAAGAGCUCGACGACGGGCCUAAUCGACUAUUGUCUGGCUGCACAGAAGGUCUUCUCGACAAAGAAGGCGCCUGCACUCCGCAAGAUCUGCCAGAAGAAGGGAAUCAAGUACAUUAAAAAACCGGAGGUGAUAGAUCUACUGGCGAGUGCGCAGGUGAUGACGGCCUAUGAUGGUUUCAAUGAGGGGGACCGAAGUACAGCGGGACAAUCGACCAUUCGUCUCGGAGAGACGACACCAGCAACUACAGGUGGAGAACGACCAGGGAGCAGAGAUCAGACACCAAGAUCGGCACCAGCGAGACUGAACGGCGACAUCUCCACGGAGGGGGAGAGGCGGGAAUCUAGUUGACUACCCGUGCCCCCGACGAACGCUGUGUUGUGGGAGCAUCUGAAGACUUACAUGGCACAGCGAAC